CCGACCCUCCCAACCGAAGGAGCCCUAAUCCCGUCCGUCACCGCCGCGACACAACUGCGCAUCGCAUUCCACUCGCACCGCCCUCGCGUCCACUGCCUCCGUGCCACCGGCCCACCGCCUGCCCCUCGUCGGUUGCCACACGCCCUGCCACCAUCGACGUUCCGGCCCCGCGCUACCUUCCAUGGUUCGGUUUGAUUUGGGUUUUUGUCGAUCGAAUUAGGGUUUUGGUGCUCUCCUCUUCUGCCUUGGCCAUGGACGGUUCCGAUUGCGACGGCGAUGCUCGGACGUUUAAGGUCAAUUUCACUACGGAUGGCUUGGCGAAGCUGCGUGAGAGGGUGAAGGAGAAGCUCAAGGAGUUUAUGGGCGAUUACACUGAUGACACGCUCGCUGAAUAUGUUGUUGUCUUACUCAGGAAUGGACGUCGCAAAGAUGAGGCUAGGAAGGAACUCAACGUGUUUUUGGGGGAUGACAGUGCUACUUUUGUGUCCUGGUUAUGGGAUCACCUCUCGUCAAAUAUCUGCUGGUAUGUGCAGCAGGAACAAUCUUUUCCUCAUGAAGUGGCUAAGUCUAACACUUCAUUGAAUGAACUGUCUGGAAGACACAAUUCGCAGCAGGAGCAUUUGGCUCAGAAUGUGCUCUCAGAUUCUGGUGAUGUCAGAGAAAAGUCAUCUAAAGUUUCUAGAAUUCAUCACAGUAGAGAAUGGAAAGAAGCUCAGGAUGAUCAUAAAAUAUUUCCUCUUCGUAGUGUUGUGACCAAUAUUUUUCGUCCAGAGGACAGAACACAUAGACCUAAUAAUUCUAGACGGUCGCGAUCUCCUAGAGCUCAGGUUCAGAGAAAGCGAAACCGAGAUGAUGAGCAUCUAUUAACAAAGCGAGACUCAGCUUCCCAUUCAGUAAUUGAUGCUCCACGCCGGCUUCUUCAAUUUGCCGUUCGAGAUGCUGUAAGGACCGUGCAACAGUUAGACUCAAGAAAUGAGCCAGCUUUAAAGAGGCUUCGUUCUGUAGUAUCAACAUCCACAACAGAUUCUUUGCUAGAAAAAAGAUCCCAAAGAAUAACAUCAGGGUCAAGAGUGCCAGGUGCCUUAUCAAUGGCACUCAAAGCUGUUGCUGAAGCUGUUGAAGAUGUAAACAAGGCUAGAUGUUCUAGUAGUGUUUUUGAUAGAUUGGGUCAUGACAGAAUUAUGACAGAGCCUGUUAAUGAGUUAUCAGACACAACAGCACAAGAGGUUGAAUACAGGGAUUCUGAAGAUAAUAAUCGAGUUCCUGAACUCGAUCAUUCAGAUCAUCCUUCCAGGAGUGAGUAUGAUGAGGAGUUUGAUGGUAACCUGACCAUAUUAGACCAGGAGACUGAAACAGCUGCUCCUGACUAUGCUUCAAAUAAUGAUAAACACAACAUUGUCAAAAAUGUGAGCCUGCAUGAUUUGGGUGCUUCUCAAAGUGCUUCCUCUGCUAAAAGAGAAAAUAAAUCAGUUAUUGUAGAGUAUAGCAUUGCACAGGAACCUGAUGAAAUAUUAAGGCAAAGAAGGUUGUUGGAUCAGGAACCAUUUGCUAGUUCAGCAGCAAUGACAUCUAAUAAGACUGUGAAUAUUUCUGUUAAUGUAAAUACUUGGAAAUCUCCCCAUUAUCAAGUGUCUAGGGAUGCUACAGAAGUGGAGAAUAGAGUGGCUGUGGGAAAGAGCAAAAAUGGUGUCGGAAACCAGAAUGUUAGGCUUCCAAAGGAGAAUGAUGUUUCUUCAGCGCAGAAUGUAAAAGCAAUGGAACUUGCAGAUGUCCAACAGGAGUCUCCGAAGCCUGCAUCAGCACAAGGUUCUUAUACUACUGGCCGCCCUUUGGAGGAUGGUGAUUCUCGAACUCUAUUCGUUGGCAAUGUCCACUUUGCUGCUACUAAAGACACACUUUCUCGCCAUUUCAAUAAAUUUGGGGAUGUGCUUAAAGUAAUUAUCAUCAAUGAUGCUGCAACCGGUCAGCCUACAGGGUCAGCUUAUGUUGAGUUCCUAAAGAAAGAAUCUGCAGAUCUGGCAUUGUCACUGAAUGGCACAUCAUUCAUGUCCCGGAUCCUAAAGGUUGUUCGCAGAAGCUCUCAUGAAGCUGCUCCAAUGAUAUGUUGGCCACGGGUUUCCCGAGCAUCUUCAUUUGCUUCUAGACUUGGUAGGAUACCAUAUCCAAGGGUUGCUGGUGCCUUUCCAUUGCGCCUUCCAAUCAAAACUGGUGCCAGGAGUUUACAGUGGAAGCGUGACUCUUCAGCUAUUCAACCUGGCGAGGUGGCAAAAUCUUCACUAACAUCUGGAAACAAUAUCCUUUCUCCAACAGCAAGGAGUCUCACCUAUAGACGGACUGAAUCUAAAUCUGAUGGGACUUCUGGUACUGCAUAGUUGCUUCAUCUGAGCACACUGCAAUUUUAGCUUGGAAUCUGGCUCGGACACACACAAUGAAUCAACAUAUGAGGAUUCCACAUGGAGAUUUUUGCUCUCUUGGCUUGUUUGAGACUACAGUCUUUGGUAGCAGACAUUCGUAGAGAGCUACUUUUUGACUCAGUUAUUUGGACAUUCAAGAUGAGAAGUUGGUUUAUUCAAACUUUUCGGAUUUCUUUCUCUAGUGCAUUCAAUAGCUAAGCAGAGUCUGUAAAUAAAGGGGAGAAAUUGGUAUGUGCUCGUAGUACCUAAUCAGUCAAUUUACAAGUGCCUCCAUUUUCGCAUUUGCUUUAAGUGGAUGAUUUGAUCUGCCUCAAGAAUUUGUCAAGCGAAAUGGAAGUAUUUCUUGGUAUUUAUCAUGAUGACAGCUGAUAAUUUUUCAUAUAUUUGAGAUACUGGAAAACCUUUUAAAAUCUCAA